CAAGUGGAUGAGAGCCAGAGAUUGAAACAAUUGACUCAACCUUUAUAUGACAAAUACGUGAAAUCAGUUGAGGAGAAGAAGUCGAGCGAAGAAGACAUUGUGGUUGUCAUCGAAGGCGGGAAAGCGGGGGAAGAGGUGAUCGCCACCAAAGAGGGUUAUCUCACAGCUAAAGGCGCCGUUGGAUUCAAAUUGGGAUCAAUUACUUCAAUAACAAAAAUGUGUGUUGAGUACAUCAGUAGUCUCGUAAUCACAGCCACACUGUGCGACACAUUCAGCAUUUUGUCCCUCAAAUGGUUAUCACUUUUGCUGCGCGUCCUCAACAGCCCACUUGAGGAU